UUUAAAACACUGGCAUAACUUGCCCAAGAUCACCGAGCUAAGAAAUGGUGCAGCUGAGGCAUCAGCUAACCCCACAUUAACUCAAUAUAUUUCUUAUAAUCAUCUCAUUACCGUUUAUUUCUAGUUACGUUUGCAUGAUGACAAAUUUGUUCUACUUAAUUGAUGCGUACUUUUGACAUGUACGCUUUAAUUUAGUGUUUUGUUGUUUAGGAAGGAAUCUUAUUUACCUACAACUACAAAAAUGACAUAAUUGCUUACAUUCAAAUGUGGGGGGAGCGACAGAGACUUUCAUGCAAAUCACUUUGAUAACGGUUUGGUGAUUCUGCACAAUUGCGGUGGCAACUACGAGGCCAGCUAGAGAGGAGGCACUGCUUGCUCGUGAUUCUUGUCCCUGCAAACUGUCACCCCUGGUUACUGCUGAAAUAAUCUCAUUAUGAGUCACACAAAUGUAAGGCCCACACUUGAAAAAAGAAAGAUUGCUAACUCAGAGCUGUGGCAGGAUUAUAAGCCUCUCUGUCCUUGUCAAUAGGAGCAUGCAUUUGUCUUCCAUAUGUCCUGUGUCUUAGUUUUCAGCUGGUACAAUACAAUGACACAGGCUGGGUAUUUUAUAAAGAAAAGAAAUGUAUUUAUUAUGCUUUUGGAGGCUGGGAAAUCCAAGAGCAUGGUGCUGGCAUCUGGCAAGGCCGUCUCAUGGCAGAAGGGCAGAAGGGCAAGUGAGCGCAUGUGAAAGACAAAGGAACCAGGGCACUCACUUUGUGUGAACUCCCUCUGGUGAUCACUAACCCGCUCCCAUGAUGGCAGUGUCAGUCCAUUCCGGAAGGCUCUGCCCUCUGGACCUAGUCACCUCUUCUUAGGUCCUGCUUCCUAAUGCUGUUGCAUUGGGCGUUAAGUUUUCAACACAUGAAUUUUGGGGGUUACAUUCAAGCCAUGGAAUUCUGUGAACUGUUCAUCUGACAUUGCGUCUCCACGUCUGGUUCUGAUGCAAGUUAAAGAGGCAGGCUGUGGUACCAGAAUCGAAUGGAUAAAGAUGGGUAGGGAUGCUGGGGCAGUGGGGGAAGAGUGUAAGUAUUGAUUCUAGAUCAUUCUUUUCCUGGAUCCUUUCUCUGAGGUCAAAUUCCACUCUCCAAAGAUUACAUGUAAUUUGGGUUUCCAGUAAAAAUAAGUGCUGUUUCAGUUAUUUGAAUAGCCAGUUACUUUUACAUUUCUCUCUUUAAUGACUUCUAAUUCUGCAUUGAAUUUGAGUGAGUAUUAAUGCAGAGGAAAAGAAUCUUGACUGUGACAGGUAAAAACUGUGGACAAAGGUAAUAUUUCUUCUGCAUUCCACUUAACUCUUCCAACGUUGAAUCUCCUAUUGACUUGGAACAAAACUUCACUUUAUUUAUAGGUAUUGACUUAUAAAAAAAGAGGUUAUGUCCUGAAUUUGAAGAAUGGCUUGGUGGAAUUCAACCGUGCUGGCUACUAUGGCUAUAACUCUGUCAUAAUAGUAUCAACCACCAUUUAUUGAGAUGCACCAGGCCUUUGGAACACAUUGUUUAUGACCUGCCCAACAAUCCACAAGAAAUUUCUACUGCAUAGUGCCGAACCAUAAAGAAGGCAAAUGGAAUUAAGAAUAAUCACUGCACGGAGCGUGCUGGCCAGAAUCGCCUGAAUUAUGCAAUGAAACGGAUCACGCUGCUCCGCGAUUCCCCUCUACCUGUCUUCUUAGGUGACUAUUGGGAAGAGAAGAUUCUGUUGUUGCUCAUUAUGGCAUCACACAGCAUAGGGACUGACACCAGGGGCUCAAUACGUAUAUGCUCAAUGUUGCAUGAAGAAGAAUCAAGAACAUAAGAUGAAUAGAGAAGAAUUCUCACAGAGUCGAGUUUGCUGACCCGUGUCUCUGGGCACGUCCGGGGAGUUUCCACCGGGAGGAGGGUUUUGCGUCCCCUUGUGCCACCGUACCUGGUCAGCAGACGAGAGGGAAGGCAUUUCUGAUUCGGCCAUGGCUGUAGGACAGAGUGAGGACAUCUGGUCUCAACACGGAUUUCACGUGAUUUCUAGUCUUGACUUCAAUCGCUGGAUGUUCUCGGCAGUGGAGGCGUGAGAGGGGCGGGCAGUGAAAGCCGAGCUCUUCGGCUUUGGGGUACAGCCCCGCGCGAGCGUGCGGGAGCCGGUCUGCUGCAGCCUCCAAGACCGCGCUGUCAGCAGUGGGACGGGGCGGCCGCGGGCACUCAGCUCACAGGCGGCUCCCCGCAAUAAUGCCGUGACAGGAAAUUUAUCUGCCAACUGCUCUUUUAAAAUUAUAAUUUAUGAUUGUAGUUUUUACUUAAGUAGCUUAUCUCUUUUCUAAAUAAUCUAUAGUUUUAUACAACCUGGAGUAAAAUAAAAUUUUUUAUACUCCAGGAACACGGCUUAAUGUCAAACUGAUGGGAAGGAAGUGCUUAAAUUAACUACUCACGAUUAGAUGUGUUAGAAUAGUAAUGCAGUGUUUAUUGUGCAAUUUUACUCUCCCUUAUUCCCUAACGUACUUCUUCCCCUUCCUUUACUAAAACAAGCAAGGCUCGUGCCUGCGGUCUGCCCCACCUGCCAGCGGCAUGAAAAAGGCUCCGCACCACGUCCAGCUCCAGGACGGCCAGAAUAAUAAAUAACUGGAACGUGGUUUGUCCUGCCACCCUACACACACGGGCUAGGAAAUGUUCUGGGGAGGAAAUGCAUCAUUAGGAGCUCAGACAAAGUCAAAAGGCAUAUUUUCCCUGUUUUAAAAGAAGAUGGCAGUCAUCUGAGAGUUGGAAGGACACAUCAAGCUGCUGAGCUAUACAAAAAACCUAAAGAAUAACUCUAGAUUCCGAACCCCAUUUAAGAAGGCUUUGGCUGCUGGCCUGACUGGGCAUGACAGAGAUGGACAAGAGGACAGUUUCUCUGCUGAACUUCCUGGCGACCCACAGGAUAUUCUCCUCCCCCGGAGGCCGCGAGUGUGUCCUGAGGAUGCCGGUGAGACUGGCUCUGGCCGGCAGCCCAGGGAAACGUAGCCAGAAGCUGUCAUCCAGGGAGGACCUUAGAGCAUUUGUGACAUGGCUGGACCGUGUUGAACUCUACUGUAGACGUGGCAGUCUGGGUAGUGACUGUCUAGAAACCCCACAGUCACACUCGGGUGGCUUUCCACACCAGCAAAGCAGUUCAAGGCGCACAUGCAAAGCAGCCCAGGUGUACCAGGCCAACGACCCAGCUCUGAGGUGCAAAUCGGCUGUUGUCACAGAGCGCGCGGGUCUCCAAACCCCUGUGUCUUGUCCUGCAGCCAACAGCGGGGGCCGCGGCGAGCCUCUUUGUGUACAGAAACCACUUCUUCAAUCACCAAAAGGAUUUUUCAGGUCUCAGAGAUCUUGGCUGGGGACCGACUGCACCCACUGCAGAUGUCCGGACGGAGCUCCUGAACAGGAGGGCAGGCACCGGAAGUCAGCCUACACGAGGGAGAGUGGCUCUGCUAGGGAUGCGCACGGCUGUCACUCAUGUGUGCUUCCCUCGGUUGUCUUUCCCUGGCCGUGUCUGAGUUCGGAUAUGCUGCUGACUCAGAAUAGAUACCUGGAAAUUGAUUUUAGUUCUGAACCUCUUUUCCCCCUCCCAAGAUAAAGAUAACAGCUUUCUGGGAUUUUAUUUUAACCAUUUUCUGAAGAAAAAACAGGUAAUGUAAUGAUCAAAACAGAGGGGUACAUAGUUUAAAAAUUUAAAGGCACAGAUAAAUGUGAAUCAUAGAUUAUAAGACAGAAUGGAAAAAUCAUGUUAUGAAUAAUAAAGUUACUCAAAAUGGUCCAAAAUGUGUUUUUAUGUCAUUUUAGGGGUAGAAAACAAACAUGGAUUGUACAUACAUUAGUGUGGAAUAUUAAGUAUUUCUGAUAUUAAAUUGAUGUGUUAACAGUGCUAUGUUUACAAAUCACAAUCCAAUGCUAUUAAUUGUUCAGUAGUUUGGGUUAGGUUUCACUACUAUAAAUAAUGUUCCAAUAUAUAUGUUUCUGCAUGCUACUUUUAACAUAAUUAAAAAUAGUUUUAGUGCAUUAGUUUUGCAAUACAAUUUUCUGGAACAAAUAAACCCCCAAAUUCAGUGAUUUAACCUAGUAAGUUUUUAUUUUUCAUACAUGCGAUAGCCUAGUUCUUUUUCUAUUUAGUGGGUAGUUUUCCCCCAGUAGUGAUAAGGGGAUUUAGGGCCAGAAACGUGCACACACAAAAUUUCCUGAUGAUUAGUGAUG